AUGCUCAUCAUUUAUCUCUCCCCUGUCCUGCUUCAAGACUACCCCUCUCGUCUUCACCCCAAAACCAGAACCACAAGAAUUCUGGCGACAAACACUUCAGCGAAAUUGCCGGAAAGCUCAACGGUGAAAUUGUUCGAGAAGGCGAGCAAUGGGACCCUGAGAAUUGCCCUCGUGAACAUGGACGCUGACUCGGACCGGGUCGUGCAUUUGAGCAGACUCGGAAGGGCAGUCCGGGUUGGGUUCGAGCGAGUCAGCGAGUCGGUGAAGUGGUCCAAUCUAUACCCAAAGUGGAUUGACGAGGAAGAGACUUGUCGUCGGCAAAAGUGCCCCAAAAUUCCGAUGCCGGAUUUUGAAGACCUCGGCCGCUUCGACGUGGUGGUUGUGGGGGUUCCAUGCAGGUAUCCUGAAGAGGGGUGGCGGAGAGAUGUGUUUAGGCUGCAAUUGCAUUUAAUCGCCGCCAACUUAGCGGUGAGUGGCGCAAGUUUAGAGGAGGAGGAGGAGGCGGAGGUGAAAGUGGUGGUGGUGAGUGAGUGCAGGGCGAUGGAGGAGAUAUUUGGGUGCGAUGAGAUGGUGGGGAAGAGAGAGAAAGAUGAGUGGGUUUACAAGGUGGAUUUGAGGAAGAUGAGAGAGAGGAUUGCCAUGCCAGUUGGGUCCUGCAAGUUGGCGCUGCCUUUGAAGAGGACAGGUGGAAAGAUCGAACUGAAUCCCCCUAAAGUGGGUCCGAGCCCCACUGUCAAGCAACGCGAGGCUUACGCGACUGUCCUUCACUCUUCGGAGGCUUAUGUAUGUGGUGCCAUUGCCCUUGCCCAAAGCCUAGCUCGAACUGGCACCACUCGUGACCUCGUUCUCCUUGCUGAUAGCUCUAUCUCAUUAAGAGCUCGGCGUGCACUUAUCACUUCGGGUUGGAUCAUUCGAGACACCGAUCGAAUACAUAACCCUUAUGCCAAGAAAGAAGCUUACAAUGAGUGGAACUACACAAAGCUUCGAUUAUGGCAGCUCCUAGGUUAUCACAAAGUUGUUUUCAUAGACUCUGACAUAAUAGUCUUGAAGAACCUUGAUGUUCUUUUCGGGUUCCCUCAAAUCUCAGCUAUCAGCAACAAUGCAUGGCGUUUCAAUUCCGGGAUGAUGCUCAUCAAGCCAUCCAAUUGCACCUUCAACAUGUUCAUGGAGAACAUAGAUGAAAUUGUCCCAUACAAUGGAGGGGAUCAAGGGUUCCUCAAUGAGGUAUUCACAUGGUGGCAUAGGUGGGCUUCUAGGGUAAACUACAUGACCAACUGGAACAAUAUGACAGAGGAGAUGGAGAUGAAAAAUCGGAUUUUCCGAUCUGAUGAGGUCUAUGGGAUACACUAUUUGGGCUUGAAGCCAUGGCUCUGUUAUCGGGACUACGAUUGCAAUUGGAAUGUGAAGGGUAAUCAGAUAUUCGCAAAUGAUGUUGCGAAUGAAAGGUGGUGGGAGAUUCAUGAUUCCAUGGCACCAGAGUUGCAGAGGUUUUGUUUGAUGGACAAGGGGUGGAAAGCUCGCUUAAAGAAAGACAGAGCAUCGGCUAAGAAAGCCCAAUUUGAAGACAAGCACUGGAUGAUUAAGAUCAAGGACCCAAGACAACACCUUUGA